GAGCUUCGAUCAGACGGAUUUCACACGCAACACCUUCGGGACUUGAAGCCCAAGGGGAGAGAGAGAGCCUUCAUUGAAACGGAGCCAGGAGUCAAUGACACUUGACCACGCCCCCUCCGCUGCCAUUGGCCGACAGGUGACAUGAUUGUCAAGAGUUCCCCACUUCAGAAAUCAUUUUUUCGCCCCCGAGUCAAGUGGAGAAGUCGCCUUCCUCACGCGGCCAUGUUGUCCAUCCCGGACUUGAUCAGGAAGAAGCGCGACGGCCGGAAGCUGAGCGAUGGCGACAUUAAAGCCUUCGUCCAGGCGCUGAGCAGCGGAAGCAUCGAGGACUGUCAGACAGGCGCCAUGCUGAUGGCCAUCUGGCAGCGGGGCAUGGACCCGCACGAGACGGCCACGCUGACCAAAGAGAUGAUGCUGUCGGGGGAAGUGAUGUCGUGGCCCGAGGAGUGGGCGGGGCUUGUGGUGGACAAGCACUCCACCGGCGGCGUGGGUGACAAAGUCAGCCUGGUCCUGGCGCCCGCGCUGGCCGCCUGCGGCUGCAAGGUACCGAUGAUCAGUGGGCGGGGCCUGGCCCACACCGGAGGAACAUUGGACAAACUGGAGUCUAUUCCCGGUUUUAUCAUCCACCACUCAGCUGAGCAGGUGCGAGCCAUCCUGAGCAGCGUGGGCUGUUGCAUCGUGGGCCAGACGGAGAGGCUGGUCCCAGCUGACCGCAUCCUCUACGCCACGCGCGACAUCACCGGCACGGUGGACAGCCUGCCGCUCAUCACGGGCUCCAUCAUCUCCAAGAAAGGCGCCGAGUCGCUGACGGCGCUGGUUCUGGACGUCAAGUUCGGCCGGGCCGCUCUCUUCAAAGACUUGGCUGGCGCCAAGGAGCUGGCGCAUCUCCUGGUGACGGCGGGCAACGAGCUGGGCAUGCGCACGGGCGCCGUGUUGAGCCGCAUGGACGCCGUGAUCGGUCGCGCCGUGGGCAACAGUCUGGAAGUCAUCGAGGCCCUGGACCUGCUCAAGGGGGACGGCCCACAAGACCUGAUGGAGCUCGUCGCCACGCUGGGCGGCCUCCUGCUGGCCAUGACCGGUAUGGCGGCCGACCAAUCUGAAGGCAGACGGCAGAUUUUCCAGGCUGUGAUUGGCGGGGCCGCUCUCCUCAAGUUCCAGGCCAUGAUGGAGGCACAGGGCGUCGCCAAGGAGAUGGCGAGGACGCUUUGCUCCGCCCACGCCGAUUACUUCACCGUUCUGAAGAAAGCCGAGCAUCAACUCGACUUGACCGCCAGCCGUGACGGCGUGCUGAUAGACGUGGACGGUCUGGCUAUAGCGGAAGUGGUUCAUAAGUUAGGGGCGGGGCGUUGCAAGGCCGGACAGCCUGUCAAUCACAGUGUGGGGGCAGAGCUACUGCUCUCCCUUGGCCAGAAAAUCACCAGAGGCACUCCCUGGCUGCGAGUCCACUAUGAGCAGCCGGCGCCCAGCCCAGACCAGAUCGAGCGACUGCAGAGCGCUCUCGUCCUGGGAUCGGACGCCGAUUGGCAGAAGCAAAGUUUGGUGCAAGAAGUGAUGCUCCCCGAUUGACGGGUGUCGUUGAACCUGAGGUCUCAUUUUCGGUGCCACCUUCGCGGAGGGCCAAAUCACAAUGAUGACAAUGUGAUCUCUGUGCUCGAGGGCCACAUCUUAGAAAUGGGCACCUUUUUAUCAGUCCCAAACUUU